ACUAUUUUAGGUAGCCCUACCGUAUCGGAAAAAUUGUUAAAGCGGCAUAACAUUUUGGUUUAAAGCAGCUCUCUAAAUAAGGCCCUUGGUGGCCAAGGUCCAGAGCUUGCACCAACUAUUCUUGCUACUCAAUACCACGAGCAAAGCAUUGAUGUUUGAUGUACCAGCAUAGAUAAUGCCGUACCGAAUCCGACUCAUCAAAUUCCUUCGGUAACGAAAUUUAAGCGUUAAAUAUAGAAGAUUCCUCACAAAGGGAGGGGAAAUUGUUUUAAACCUCUCAGCGAGCAGCAGAUCAAUAAGAUGGCAGACACCCCAUUAGCCUCACUUUCCUUGACGCAUGUGCAUUAUGUAUGUGCCCGUCUCUCAUUCCCAUAUGAACGAACUAUGCUAACCUUCUUAGGAUCCUAAUGAUCCGGUCUCAUACUUUUGCGCAUGGCUCGCUCUCGUACCCCAAGGACUCUGCGUCGUAUAUGCCACCCUCAUUUGGUCGACACGCGAAAUUGAGAUUCUCAUGAUGUUUGGUGGACAAAUGGCCUGUGAAGCCUUGAACUUUAUUCUGAAGCGUAUAUUGAAGGAGGAACGUCCCAAGCAAAUGCAUGGAAAGGGCUAUGGAAUGCCAUCCUCCCACUCUCAAUUCGUGGCUUUCUUUUCCAUAAGUUUGACAUUGUUUUUGCUUUUUCGACAUGUUCCAAAGAAGCCAACAUCGUCACAUACACCACUAAGUCUCAUGGCCCGAAUUGGACUAUCUGGACUAGUUUUGAUCAACGCCGGAUUAGUGGCUUGGAGCAGAACUUAUCUUAACUAUCACACACCGAAACAGGUAAUUGUCGGUUGUGUUGCUGGAGCUGGAAGUGCUAUAUCGUGGUUUUUAUUGACCACUGUUGUCAGGAAAUCGGGAUUACUUUCUUGGAUUUUGGAUUUAUCGGUGACGAGGUUAUUCAGGAUGAGAGAUUUAGUCGUGGAGGAAGAUUUAUGCCAGGCUGGGUGGGAGAAGUGGGAAGCGAAGAAUGCAUCUUUGCGGCCAUCCAUCAAUGGCAAGAAAACUCGCUGAGUGCCGAAGAUAUGUUGUCACUCACAAUGUCAUAAUUAUAGCAUCGAUAUAUAUUAUCCCGUCAAACCUCUCGUCCUGAUUCCCACAGAUGCAAUACCUUAAACAGACAUGGACCUAAAACUCUUGCUAUCUGUUCAACAUUCUAGGAUUUUUAUCAUGGGAAGAAGAAGUUUCUGCCUAAUUAUAGUCUACACC